AUGAUUUCCCUCGACGAGCUGCUGGUUAUUAUCCAGCUCAAACUGAGCCGGCCACUGCACCCGGUUGGAACUAGAGGACGUGAUUUAACGCGUUGUUACGAGCUUUUGCGACUUACGUCGCGGUCUUUCGCCUCGGUCAUCGAGCAGUUGCAUCCCGAGCUUAGAGAUGCUAUGAUGAUCUUCUACGUGGUGUUGCGGGGCCUCGACACGGUCGAGGACGAUACCGGACUUGAUAACAAGGUCAAAUUGCCUCUUCUGCGUUCGUUCCGCAAUGUGCUCAAAACAGAGGACUGGACGUUCCACGACAGUUCGGAGACCGAGAAAGAUCGGGUUGUUUUGCAGGAGUUUGACUGCAUUCUGCGGGAGUACCACAAAUUGAGGCCCGAAUACCAGGAUAUAAUUGCUGAUAUCACAGAGAAAAUGGGCAAUGGCAUGGCCGACUACAUUGCCAUGGAGAAUCAGCAAAAUUUUGAGGGCGUGAAGACGGUUGCUGAUUAUGAUUUGUACUGCCACCAUGUGGCUGGAAUCGUUGGUGAGGGUAUCACACGCAUGGCUGUUUAUUCCAAGUUCGGCGACCGUAAGCUCGCUGAGAAGGAAGACCUGUUUGAGAGUAUGGGGCUGUUCUUGCAAAAGACAAAUAUCAUCCGUGACUACCGUGAAGAUAUUGACGAUGGACGUUCGUUUUGGCCCCGUGAAGUCUGGAGUAAGUAUGCGGACAGUCUUACUGACUUCACCAAGAAGGAGCACACUGAAAAGGGUCUCCAGUGUAUCUCCGAACUGACCUUGCACUCUUUGCGCCAUGUUGAGCAUGUUUUAGAGUACCUGUCCGCUGUUCGUGACGAGUCGCUCUUCCGUUUCUGCGCAAUUCCUCAGACUAUGUCCAUCGCCACACUUGAGCUUGUAUUCAACAACCCCGAGGUUUUCCAGUCGAAUGUCAAGAUCUCCAAGGGCCAGGCGGCGAAGCUAAUUCUAGGAUCUCGGUCCAUGGCUGAAGUUUAUGCCAUCUUCCGCCACUAUGUUCGCAAAAUCCAUGAACGCAACAAGGUCACGGACCCCAACUUUUUGCAUAUUGAGCAGCGUUGUGCAAAAAUCGAACAGUACAUCAAUGCAAACGACAAAUUUAGCAUUGAGUAUAUCCGCAUGCAAGCCUUGCCCAAAUCAGAGUUUGAACGCGAUCAACUAGAUUCGGCAAACAAGGUCAUGUACACUGGCUUCGGUAUGUUGCUGGUCGUAUCGGGCCUUAUGGUUGGCAUUGCUUCAUACUUUAGCGGCGGUAAGGUCGGCCCAUCGCGGUUCAUUGCUGAAUUCAAAACCUUUAUUGAUUUUAUGUGGAAUUAA